AUGCUUCGGACUUGUCAGCUAUGGGCGACGUCGGCCGUCAACAGUGCAGCAGCAGAAGGCACUCGCCAGCUGCUGGGAUUGGGAGUCCGCCCCGCGCAGGCAGAGGUGCGGGAGAUUUGGCGCCGUCAUUUCGGGCCGAAGGUGCCUGCUGGAGCCCUCCUCAAAGAGCUAGCAGCCUUCAGGAGGGCCGACCUCGUGAGACCGGUGCUGGAGGCCUUUGCGCAGGAGCAUCACGGAGUGCUCUCGGCUCGUCUCUGCACCGCCGGAAUCGUCUCUUGCGGCCGUGCUGGGUCGUGGCCAGAUGCCCUCGAUCUCCUCCACACGAUACACGCCUUCACCAUCGCACCCAACAGCUUCUGCUACAACGCGGGUCUCCAGGCCUGCGCAGUAGGGCGGCAGUGGCUCAGAGCCCUAGAGCUGCUCCGUGGCAUGGAUUCGGCCCAAGUUGCACCUGACCAGUACAGCUACAGCAUUGCCAUCAGCGUUUGCGAGAAGACAUCGCAGUGGCCUCGGGCGCUGCGGCUCUUCACCGAUCUCCGCGAAGCAGCUGUUCCAGUCGAUGCCGGCAUCCUCGCUCCGCUGAUCAGCGCCUACGGGCAAGGUGGGCAGUGGCCUUUUGCACUGCGCCUCUUGACAGACUGGGGCGCCGAUGUCCAAAGCUGCAGUGCAGCGAUUGCCGCUUGUGCCAGCGCUUCCGCAUGGGACGCUGCACUUCGACUGUUUGCGGGCAUGCCGGCCAUGAGCAUCCUGGCAAACGCUGUCACUUUCAGCACGGCACUGUCUGCCUGUGGAGCUGCGGCGGCCUGGCAACGGGCGUUGCAGCUACUCGCUGGCAUGGCAGAGACAAGAGUCCAACUGGAUGUCGUCAGCUGCAGCACUGCCAUCAGUGCCUGCGAGCGGGCGUCGCACUGGCAAAUGGGCUUGCAUCUCUUCCAGGCGAUGGCCGAUGAUCGCGUGCACCAGAAUUUAAUCAGUUACAGCGUGGCCAUCGCGGCCUGCGCUCGUGGAGGCCGCUGGCGCCAAGUGCAGCACCUCCUGGCACAGUUGAGUGUGGAGGGACACCGUCCUGACUCUGCUUGUGUCAAUGCUGCCAUCAGCUCCUGCGAUAAGGACGGCUGCUGGGAGCAGGCUCUGCACUGGUUUGCUGCCAUGCCAAGGCACCAGCUUCGCCCAGACAUUUGCAGCUACGGUGCCACCAUCAGUGCCUGCUCCAAGGCC